AUGGGAUUGAAAAAGGCUGAACCCCCCUCACCUCUGCCACCAGGGGCACAGAGGCUACGUGAGGACAGGGAGCGAGAGGACAGGGGAAGAGAGGGGACGAGAGGACGGGGGAGAGGACGGGGGGCGAGAGGACGGGGCGAGGGGACAGGGGACGAGAGGACAGGGGACGAGAGGACAGGGGACGAGAGGACGGGGCGAGAGGACUGGGGACGAGAGGACAGGGAGAGAGGAGAGGGGACGAGAGGACGGGGCGAGAGGACGGGGCGAGAGGACGGGGCGAGAGGACGGGGCGAGAGGAGAGCGGACGAGAGGACAGGGCAAGAGGAGAGGAGACGAGAGGACGGGGCGAGAGGACAGGGCGAGAAGACAGGGGACGAGAGGACGGGGCGAGAGGAUGGGGUGAGAGGACGGGGCGAGAGGACGGGGCGAGAGGAGAGGGGACGAGAGGACAGGGCGAGAGGACGGGGCGAGAGGAGAGGGGACGAGAGGACAGGGGACGGGAGGACAAGGCGAGAGGAUGGGGCGAGAGGAUGGGGCGAGAGGACAGUGGGAGGACCGCACAAGAGAAUAGGAGGAGAGGACAGGUGGCGAGAGGAGAGGGGAUGA